AUGUCUCCCAGAAUCACCAGGUCUUCCGCCCGCCAAGCUGCGAGCCAGGCGGCCCAAGCUUCCGACACGCCACCUGCAUCCGCUCCGACGACCUCCUCUGCCGCUGCGUCCACGCCACAGGCCCGGAAGCGAAAGGCGGCCACGGACAAGAGUCCCGCAAAUACCGCCUCGCAAACAAACUCUUCGGGUCGACGGUCCAAGAGACAGAAGAUUCCCGAAGCCCCUGCGCCUGCCGCUCUGCCGGCCCCAACUCCUACGCCCGCCAUUCAGCCGCGCAGGAAGGGCAAGGCUCCAGCUCCAGCCGACAUGGACAACGCAGAACGCAGCUCCGGCGUGCCUGGCCCCGCGGACGAGUCCCAGAAUACCAGCCAGGUGACUGGCUCUGGUAGAAAGUCUGGCCGAAGUAAGAAGUCGACAUCGGCAGCUCAAGGCGAAGGUUCAGCUCCGACGCCGGCAGCGAGACGACCUAGACGAAACCCGAUCAGCGCCAAUGACCCAGACACAGCUAUGAGCGGAACGGAUGAGAACAACGAUCCGGGGCCCCCUCCGCCCCCGCCGCCCGUUGAAAGUCCCGCCGACGACGAUAGUGACGACCACGACGAGGACGAUGAUGGUGCCGAGGAUCGGGAUCAUUUCGACGAGAACGAGGACGAUGACGACGACGAUCCCUUCGGAGGAUUCGGAGGCGCCGGCUUGUCCAACACCCUGAGAGCACUGACCGGAAUGAUGUCGGGCUUGUCAGGCCGACUCCGUGAGCUCCUCAACAACCUGCGUCAGGACGACCUCUCGAUACAGGUCAUUGCCCUCCAAGAACUGUCGGAGAUACUGCUCGUGUCGAACGAGGACAAUUUGUCCGGCCACUUCUCCCCAGACGCCUUCGUGAAAGAGCUGGUCCUUCUGAUGAAUAAGGAAGAGAGCCCCGAGGUCAUGCUAUUGGCGUGCCGGUGCCUGGCAAAUCUCAUGGAAGCCUUGCCAGCAAGUGUGGCCAACGUCGUCUAUGGAAAUGCUGUUCCCGUUCUGUGCCAGAAGCUCCUCGAGAUUUCCUUCAUCGACUUGGCCGAGCAGGCUCUUAGCACACUCGAAAAGAUUUCGGCAGAGUACCCUUCGAGUAUCGUUCGCGAGGGAGGUCUGACGGCCUGUCUGUCCUAUCUUGACUUCUUUGCCACGAGCACCCAGAGGACGGCAGUGACCACAGCGGCCAACUGCUGCCGCAACAUUCCUGACGACUCUUUCCCCGUGGUUAAGGAGGUCAUGCCCAUUCUUCUCAACGUUCUCGGUAGCAGCGACCAGCGUGUUGUUGAACAGGCGUCACUUUGCGUGUCCGGAAUUGUGGAGAGCUUCAAGUACCAAUCUGCGAAGCUUGAAGAAUUGGUGAGCGUCGAUUUGCUGCGGGCAAUCCUGAGGCUUCUGGUUCCGGGCACCACGAAUCUUAUUGGAUCCAACAUCCACACCCAGUUCCUCCGCGUCUUGGCAUUCACCGCCCGAGCCAGCCCGCGCCUGUCUGCUGAGCUCUUCAAGCUCAACGUCGUCGAGACACUAUAUCAGAUACUGACUGGCGUCUCACCGCCGAGCGGCACCGAAGAUGUCGCCUCCAAGCUGGACAGUGUGGUGGUCAUGCAGGCUCUCAUCCAUCGCCCCCGGGAGCAGAUCGUGGAGACCCUCAAUGUCAUUCUGGAGCUCCUUCCUAGUCUCCCCCGGAACGCUGACCCAUCCUACGGGGACUUUGUUGAACUUCAUGCGUCCACAGAGCCAAUCACCCCAUCGUCGGUUGGUGGCAGGAGCCGGCGCACCCCCAAUGACAAGCGGAUCGAACUCUUGGAGGACUGUAAGGAGGAAGUCCGACGGUUCGCGUUGAUCAUUUUCCCGACCUUAACCGAUGCGUUUUCGAGCACCGUGAACCUGAGUGUUCGCCAAAAGGUCCUCACAGCGCAGCUCAAGAUGCUUUCCAACCUGGACAAGGAGAUUCUCGCCGAAGCCUUGACCCCUGUUCCUUAUGCCUCGUUCCUUGCAUCGAUCUUGUCUCAGCGGGAUCACCCGUCUCUCGUCAUGCUCGGCCUUCAGGCUACCGAGCUUCUCCUGAGUCGCCUCGACAACAUCUACCGUUACCAACUCUACCGCGAAGGAGUCAUCUACGAGAUCAACAAGCUUGCAACCGAAGAGGACUCCAGCGACGGCGCGCAGGAUGCUGCAGGCGAAAAGAAAUCUAAAAAUCGUCGCAACUCUGGCACUGCUGAUGGCGCUUCGGACCAUGAGGAGCAGGAGUCGGAUGACGAGGACGCCAACGAAGACGACAACGAUGACGACGGUGACGACUCCUCGGGUGACGACGAGGAGGGCGAUGACGAAGACGAGGACGAGAAUGGCGACCAAGAACAUGAGGUGAUCCCAGGAGACAUGUCACCGGCUAGUUCUCGGGGGUCUACCAUGUCCCUGGAUGUUCCCCCUCACCGCUACGUGUCAGACAUUCGAUCAAUGAAGUCCCGCAUCCGCGACGUGGCAAAGAAGUUCCUGGAGACACACGAGGGUGAAGGACAUGGUCAAGCCAUGAAGUCCAAGGCGACCGCCAUCCUCAACACCCUUUCGGAUCUGGCCGGAGACCUCGAAGCCUUCUACCUCAAGAGGACGUCUGCCGACCUUUCGACUCAAGCGGGCAGAGAGCUUUUCGUCAAAUUGGCCUCGUACUUUGACACGGACCUGCUCGAAAGCGUGACAAGCGCCGAGCUGCUCGCGUCCGGGCUCGUACGAACGCUCCUCGACGUGUUCAGCAAUCCAGACGAGGAGCUUGCUCGAUCCGCUCAGUCCACCUUCUUAGAAGUGUUCAUGGGCCACACUCUUAAGUCGAAGCCGAAGACGGCCACCGCCGAAUCACCGGCGACGCCCUUCAGCGUGAUGAUACACAAGCUGCAAGACUUGCUCAGUAGGUCGGAGCAUUUUGAGGUUAUCACUGUGCAUCACAAUUCAUUCGACGGCAACCGAAGCAGCCCCGCGUCGAUGUUGGGAAAGCAAAUUCGCCUUCGACUGGUUGCAGACGACGACUCCAACAUCCCGCGACCGUACCGAAACAUCAUGGUGUCUAUUCACGCAAUUGCCACGUUCAAGUCUCUGGACGAUUAUCUCCGUCCACGAAUCAGUUUGGCGGACCGACCUCAGGGCGCGCGUCGAGACGGGCUGGCAAGGGCCUUUGCGGCCAUUAGUGGUGCUGCUGGUGGCUUGCCGCUAAGCAGUGCUGCCGCUGCCCGCCUUGCUGACCGCAGCCCAUUCGCAGGGCCUCUGGUCCCUCCUGUUGGGGGCCCGCCGCCGGCGGCUUCGACACCGUCGGGAUCACGACACUCGCGUCGCUCCAAGAAUAGGUCGUAUCCGCCGGUGCAUGAUCCCUCAACUCCGGACCAGGCUGCCGGCCCAUCUCGCGAGAAAGGCACUCUUCGCAGGUCAUCGCGACGUCACCCUGUUUCCGCCGAUACCCCUCCGCCCCCUCGGCCGCCCCCAGCCGAUGACGACGAUGUCCAAAGCACGUUAGAAUGUGCCGAUGAGAAGCAGCUGUCUGAUGAUGAAGAUGAUGGCGAUGAUACGAGUGCUCUGGAUGCAAUCGUUGGGGAGCUCGACGAGGACAUGGAGGACGGAGAUGAACCUACCCAUGACCCCUCUGCUGUCAGUCUUGAGGUUGCCACCGGUGGCAAGAUUACAGCCCGAAAGGAAGACGGCACGCGAGUUCCUACUCCCAGAGGCUCUGGCCUGGCCACACGCACCGGCGGGGUUUCUGGUUCUAGCUCUGGGCAAGGCACGCCGACCCCCUCAACCUCCGCACCUCGGCCACAGGGCAUGUCGUACGCAUCCGCUCUGCAAGCUACGCCGCAAGAUUGGCACAUUGAGUUCAGCUUCGACAGCAGAGUCAUUCCAAACGAGACGACGAUAUAUCGUGCAGUUCACACCUCGACGUCGACCUCGGAUGAUUUACUUAGCCGGAGCAUCUGGUCGGCGACGCACCCCAUCAAGUUUCGACGAGUCCCUGGUCCACCGCCCGCAGAGCCUCAGUCGUUCGGAUCGACCACGGAGGCCGAGGGAGAGACUGAGAAUGGUAUCCCCGCUUCGCUGGCCAAGAACCCUACGACGUCCUUUAUCCUGCGUCUGUUGAACAUCCUCCACGAGCUGAAUGCCAACAUUGAGGACGUCUUGGCCGAGAACCGCAACAGCACCGUGAGCCUGAACGUCGAGCCGCCGUCACAAUUCGUCAACACGAAACUCACAGCCAAGCUCAAUCGUCAGCUCGAAGAGCCUCUUAUCGUGGCCAGCAGCUGUUUGCCGAGCUGGUCCGAAGACUUGGCGCGCCUGUAUCCCUUCCUCUUCCCGUUCGAGACUCGACAUCUCUUCCUCCAGUCGACGUCCUUCGGAUAUGCCCGAUCGAUGGCGCGAUGGCAGAAUGCGCAGUCUGGCGACGAUAACCGUCGGGAUCGAAACAACGACCGACCAUUCCUUGGCCGCCUCCAGCGCCAGAAGGUGCGGAUCUCGCGUCUCAAGAUCCUCGAGUCAGCGCUCAAGGUCAUGGACCUGUACGGCGCGUCGCAGAGCAUCCUGGAAGUCGAGUACUUUGAGGAGGUUGGCACCGGUCUCGGCCCUACGUUGGAGUUCUACUCGACUGUAUCGAAGGAGUUCUCCAAGAAGAAACUCAAGCUCUGGCGCGAAGUUGACUCGAUCGGAUCUGACGAGUUCGUCUCGGGCCCGGUCGGACUGUUCCCGCGUCCCCUUAGCCAAGAGGAGCUGUCGGCCCCUAAUGGAGAACGCAUCCUCCACCUCUUCAAGAUGCUCGGCAAGUUUGUGGCCCGAUCCAUGAUCGACUCGCGCAUCGUCGACAUACACUUUAACCCAAUCUUCUUCCGCAUUGGAGAUGGCCCUUCCACGGGCGUCAAGCCGUCCCUGGGCGCAGUCAAGCUUGUUGAUCCAGGCCUGGCGCGCUCGCUGAAGGUCAUCAAGAAGUUUGCUCUUGCGAAGAAGGAGAUCGACGAAGAUGCGAAGCGCUCUCCCGCGCAAAAGGUGGCCGACACGACAGACCUCGUCGUGGAUAAUGUCCGCCUCGAGGAUCUCUGUCUGGACUUUACGCUGCCAGGGUACCCCAACAUCGAGCUCGAGGACAACGGAUCUCACAAGCGAGUCACCAUGGAGAAUGUGGAGACCUAUUUGGACAAGGUCAUCGACAUGACCCUUGGCACAGGUGUGCGUCAGCAGGUAGACGCUUUCCGUUCCGGCUUCUCGCAGGUCUUCCCCUACUCAGCCCUGAGCGCUUUCACCCCCGACGAACUUGUCAGCCUGUUCGGCAAGGUGGAUGAGGAUUGGUCUCUUGAGACCCUCACCGACUCGAUCAAAGCCGACCACGGCUACAACAUGGACAGCCGAAGUGUCAAGAACUUGCUGCAGACAAUGGCCAGUUUCGACACACCGCAGCGGCGCGACUUCUUGCAGUUCACCACCGGCAGCCCCAAGCUUCCAAUUGGAGGUUUCAGGAGCUUGACUCCCAUGUUCACCGUGGUGUGCAAGCCCAGCGAGCAUCCGUAUACGUCUGACGACUACCUCCCCAGUGUCAUGACCUGCGUGAACUACCUGAAGCUCCCCGACUACACCACCGUCGAGAUUAUGAGGAAGCAGCUGUCCACAGCAAUGAAGGAAGGACAGGGUGCCUUCCACCUGUCGUAA